ACUUGUUCAGCCAGCACGGAUGAACGUUGAACAGAUUCUCAAAGCUCAUUCCGUCCCCUAUCGCGGAGGAGACGAUGGUCUGCUUUGACCCACUGGCUCCGACGGUGAAGGGGCGGAGCUGUUCCCGCAAGCGCCGCCGGUUUGUUCCCAGACUUUGUCAGCGGGACGGAGUGUUGCGCUACCAACCAGGCAAACGCCGCCUCUUGUUGCUCUUCUAGAAAAACUCUGGUCAACUGCGGAGAAAGCAUCAGCUUCGGAGUUUCAGCUGGGAGAGGGGGCGGCCCCCAGUCCGUGGGGUAGAUUUUUGUUUUCGCAGGGGGCUCUGCGAACGAUGCGGGACAACUGAAGAACCCGGGCUGUUUUGUCAGGAGUUGGGGAGGCCGCAACACGCCCCGACGAGUCCCAUCCUUGUGUUUGCGAAUGAACCACGUGGCAGUGACUCACGCUCCAGGACCAGAUCUUUACAGACGCUGCCGGGGGCGGCGGUUCUCUUUCUUUUCCCUCCCUUGCCCCGACCGAUCGCCGCUAGGGCUGGCCCACCAUGGUGGGAAUUCGUCGCUCCCUAUACAACCUCACGGCCGUUUGUUGCUUCCUCGCUGGAAGCCUCCUGUCUCUGCCAGGGACUGCAGUUCCCAAAAUUCCCAGUCAACUUUGGAAUUGGAUACCCAUUACAUCUGGGGAAUGCCAGGAGAUGGGAAGAAUGAAUCAUCUGCUUCAUCCAGAGCAGUUUCUCCAUUCACGCUUCCUCACACUGAGGCUAGAAGCUUCCAAGCCACUGCCACUAGUAGGGAUGACACUAUCACAAGUACCCUACAAGUCAGUGUCAGCAGCAUUGGUCAACCCGAUUAUCUGACCACUACUAUACCUGGAUAUUUGAAUACCACAGCAAGGAUACAGACUCAGACUGCAAAUAAUGCCUCUAAUAGUAGCACUGCUCCUUCUUUAUUUCUUACUCCAACUACAAACUUACCGGAAUCUAAUACGUUUGGCCUGGAUGAUGACAGAAGAUACACCAGUGCCACAUCCUUGCUGACUGCCAGCACUAAGGUCCCGGCUACAGACAUUUUGCAGUCAAAGGAGACCCAAGGAACUUCAGCUGCUUCCCAGUCAAAAUCUUCUACAUUCAUUACCACGGGGCCAGCAAAAAAUACUCUACCAGUCAUGGACCAUAAAGUUUUAACAGAAGAGAACGCUAUUGCUUCCACAUCAUCUCCAAGGACUACUAUUGGUGAACAAGUGAACACAAUAACUACAUCCAAUACUUCUCGAUCAGUAACAUUUGAGGUUGCCUCCUCUACUCUCUUACCUCACAAAAUCCUAUCAGCAGAGACAGAGCAACCAACUAAACCUGAACACAAGACAACUGCAUUUGAUGUGGGAAACAAUCAAGGUCUGCCCAGUAUACCAGUAGUCAGUCCAAUAGGAAAGGAUCCCCUGGUGAUUGCUGUUGUUGUAAUUUUUGUUGUGACAGUAGGGAUUCUGACUCUCCUGAGUUUCUUGAGGUAUCGACAACGUAGUAGUAGACUACGGUUUAGACGUCUCCAGGACUUGCCUAUGGAUGACAUGAUGGAAGACACACCUCUUUCCCUCUACAGCUACUAAACAGUUGAAAGACUUACAAACAAACAAACAAACAACCUAUUAAAAGGCUACAAAGCUUGUAAAAGAUUCCAGCUGGGGAGCAACUCUGCAAUUUUGGAGCUGCUAUACUGACCUGCAAAUAACUAUAGAGUUGCAAGUCAAAUAACUUUACUUUUAAAAAAUGCUUGUCUUUUUUUCUUAUUUUUGAGAAUCACCUUGACCAAGACCUUUUUCUCAAUACAUCUUCAUUUACUGUGACUGGAUACAUGCGAUGUUAGAGAAAAAAAAUGCAAUCUUUUCAAAUGCUGGCUUCCUAUCAAAGAUAGGCUUGUUGGAUUCUGAAAAAAAUACACUGUAUGGGGUGC